AUGCGUUGCAGGUACCAUCAACUGCUGCAAAAGUCGCAGAUAUCUAACAAUCUCUCAGGGUUCGAUUUGAUGCCAAAUCGGAAUUUGAAAUUCAUUCGCGUUGGGCUACCGUUUUUCGCGAUUGUUGGUGGUGGUGCUUACGUUCUACAUUACUUUCAACAAGUUCGAUACGAUUUUCGUAAACUGAAGCAGCAGGACGCCAAUCUAGAAGAUCUGAGAACUGACUUCGAAAAGCGCGGUCUGAAACUUCGGAAAAACGUGACCGUGGACACCGUGUACAAGGAGGUAGCGAGUCUCGACACAGAGCACUGGGAGAAUAUCAGGGGGCCUCGAGAGUUUGAAGAUAUCGCAGAAUACGAGCAAAUAAAAGCUCGCCAAAAGGAGGAAAAUAGAAGAUUGCACCAUCUUCCGAGAGCUCCAUCUAACGCUACCCUUGACGUCGGAGAUAAUCCUCCAGAACCCGAUAACGCAUCCAUUAGAGCUGAACGAGGAUCGCCAACUCCAUCGUCAGUCACUGUUGAUAAUCUUCCAAGUCUUCCCGAUCCAGUGCAUCACAGUACUGUCGCAGAUCCAUUUGGCUUGGGUGAACUUCCUGAGGUACCAAUACCUCCUCCCGCAGGAAGUCAAGAGAAUUCAUUGGAAACUGGAAUCAGUAGUAUUCCAGAACUUCCUCAUCCUACUGAUCCGCAGGCGCAACCACAGCCUUCUAGUUCGGUCAGCAACGAAUUAUACGCACAAUUACUGGAUCUUGGCUUUGACGACUUUACAGCUCGCCUUGCUUUGAUCCGAACAGCAAAUAGUGGUGUUGAAGAGGCGGUCAACUGGAUAAUUGAAAGAUCGAAUCCUAGCGAUUUUGAAGACAACUCGUCUAGCAGCGAGGAAGGGGAUGUCGAAAUGGGAGCCGCAAGCUCAACAGGUGAGGACGGUGAACAAGUUUCUGGCUUUCUUGGCGCUUUUCCACAAGUGCUUUCUCAUAGGGGCCGCACCCACAAGAUGGUCCUGGUAGCGAAUAUGAGUCUGAAAAUGGGAGCUGGAAAACUCGCCGCACAAGUUGGGCAUGCUACACUAGGUGUUUAUCGUCAGGCUAUGAAUUCGGAAGCCGGACGUGAGGCCAUCGACGCUUGGACACGUCAUGGUCAAGUGAAGAUUGUUGUGCGCGGUAGUAGUACUGAAGAGCUCAUGGAUCUAUGCAAAGCUGCAAAAGAUGGUGGAUGCUGGUAUUAUCUUGUUCAAGACGCUGGUUACACGCAGAUACCUCCUGGUUCACGCACUGUUUUGGGAAUUUUCGGUACAGUAGAGCAGGUGGAUGCUAUUACUGGUGGUAUGAAACUGCUUUGAUUACUCCGAACGUUUUGAUAUGGUCCACUAGGCUGUUUUUCUGUGCCGAAGUUUCUUAUCUGUGCUGCCGGUACUUCUCGCUCUCAGUGUUAUCCCGAUCUACUUGUGCCGUUUUUUCCCGUAUAGCUUGUUUAGCGUAGUUCCAGAGGUUUUUCUCUGACUUCAAGAGUUUGUUGGCGAAGAGUUGUGAUAACUCCUAAGAAAUCUACAAUAGCAAUUGUUAAGUUUUUAGUAUAAUCAGUUCAAGCCUUUCCUUGAACUUAUGUAACGUUAUGACUGGUUCUUCUUAUGAACUUUUGUACUGCUUUGACGUAUAAGACAAGUUCCAUACCCACUUCUGUGAGAACAUUUAAGGCAUGUGCAGUAUCGAUGAAUGGUUAAUAAAUCAUGCUUAUGUCUCU